AUGUCUUCCAAGCAGGCCCGCGGUCGUCAGGGGCUGCCAACAGGCCAGCAGCAGCUGUCCUUUGGUGGCGAAGGCCCUGCCCCCAAGCGUCCAAAGCUGUCUGAGCUCGGCAACGGCGGCUUACAACGACAACAUCACGGACACGAGGACCGUCAGCCACAGAGCAACGCCCUCCUGCACCGCGACGCAACGGGUAGCUCAUUCACGGCAUGCCCGGUGUGCGGCAAGCAUGUCCCGCUGCUGUGCAUCAACCUACAUCUGGACCUGGGCUGUGCCCAAGUGCCUACGCCAACCGCCGUAACGGCAGCCGCGCCAGGCGAGCGGAGGAGCAGAGCCCCCGCACGGCCAGUACAACAAGGCACGGAGCCCCAAUCGCAGCGCCGGGCAGAAGGAAAGCAGGCGUUGCCAGGAGCCAAUGGCGCGGCAGCAGACGACGAUGCAGAAGAUGAUGCAGUCGCCACGACCGGGCCUGAGCACCCGCGGUCCUCUCCACGGUGGGAACUAUCACCGGAACAGCAGCAGCUGGCGCCGCUCCACUCGCGGCGGUUGGCGGUGGAGGCACGGGAGCAGGGGCUUUUAGCUGGAGCUGAGGAUACGCCCGAGCCAAAGUUUCCCCUGCUAGGCCUCCGGCAGCAAAUGGCCGUUGCCGCAGCCGCAAUUAGCGCGGGCAGCGGCGCUGGUGCGCAGCGUUACGGUGGGGGACAUGCUAUUUUAGCCUACAGCCCGGCCAGCGGCGAUGGCCGAGGGCUCGGUGCAGGCGGUGGCACCACCGCCGCGGCUCCGUCCUCCUGCUGUAAUCGGGACGAUACCGGCGUGAGGUGCGUUUUGGAACCGCGUACGAGGUUCUCGCUGCAAGGUGCUCUACCUCGGGGCCUCCCUACCGCCGCACCCCCUUGCCUUCCCGGUACGGUAUUCGCCUCGUCGUAUUCGGCCCAGACACUGCUCGAGCCACAGCUGCACAGGCACCGCACGCACCUGGCAAAGCCGCAUGAGCUGCAAGACGCAACACCAGCAGCUGCGCGGCAGCCUGCGCCGCCUCUUCGGCUAUUCGUAGAUGCGACGGCUGUACGAGGCUCCCCGUGCUGCACCUGCUUGAAGGAUACGGCAAUGUCCACAGCGCUGGCGGCGGCUGCUUCCACGGCUGUCGACCGGGGACGUGACCCGGCGCCAGCUGGCCCCUCACCGCCAGCCGCAGUGUUGGAGGUACCUGUCGAGAUGCCACCGGUGGAGGCGCUGUGGCAGGUACCCCACAGCGCGGGCUUCAAGCCCAGCAGCGACAGCUACCAUCUGAGCAACAGCGACCAUGGUGGUGAUUCGAGUAGCGGAGGCGGCGCCAGCGCAUCAUGCCGCCAUGGCCUUAAUGAACAUGGGCUGGACCCGGGGCCUGUCGCAGGCAACAUUCCGUUGCAUCCCAUGUUCCUUCCCCGGGGGGCUGUUGCUUCACGGAGGGUAUGUACGACGUGGGGCCCCAAGCCCGCGUGUCGUCAGGAGGGCGCGGAGGAGGAGGAGGAGGCAGCGAGGGCGGCAGUGCCAGAGGUGAUAGCGGAGGCGGCAGCGGUGGCGGGGGAGAUGCGAGCAGAGGUGUCCCACCCCGCCCUGGAAGGCCAAUACUUGGUUUUGGAGUUCGUAACGCCUGCCGAGGAGGCAGAGCUCCUGGCCAUGUGUGACGACCCCGUGCUCAAACCCUCUUGGAGCCCCUGGAUCGGGCAGAUGUACGGCAAUGCCACGGCUCAAAAGACUCGGGGGAAGCGUUGGGGGGUGCUGCCCGACUACCACCGCCGGGGAGUAGCACCUGUGGAGCAUCCCCUGCCGCCACUACUGCGAAUCUUGACGGAGCGCAUGAGGGUCCAGGUCGGACUGCUGAGGUGUUUUCAGCCCAACGAGGCCAAUGCAAUUGACUAUUGGCGUUCCAGGGGCUCAUGGCUGCGACCCCACGUGGAUGACAGAAUCCUCAGCGGCGACCUGAUUGUCAACCUCAGUCUGGGGGGGGCGGCCGUCAUGACCUUCGCCAGAGAACGGGACAAGGACGAGGGCGGUCAUCCAGGGCUGCAGCAGCACCAGCAGCAGCAGCAGCAUCCCCGUCAGUCAGCUGGGGACGAGGUCCGUGUCAGGUUGGCACCCCGGAGCCUUCAGAUACUCAGCCGAGCUGCCCGUUACAGCUACACGCACGCCAUCGCGGCCUCCGACCUGCUGGACGCGCGCCGUGUCUCCAUUACCUUUCGCCGCUCGGAGCUGCGACCGUUUGAAAGGGCCGAGCGUUGA